ACCGCUGCCGCUGUCUCCACUGAAAUGUGCACGUACGUCAAAGUUGUAUACAUAGUGCUUGAAAUGGCAAACGAAGCAGUGCGGUUACAUAGCGUACACAGAAACACGUUAUACAGAGGCAAUAUCAUGUUUCGGACCCAGGCGGUCCCCCACACGACUGAUGUACUUGGUAAAUAUUUGUCACUAGUGACAACACACCAGUCAUAUAGGAGAGUUCACAAGUAUAAUUGUUGGUUACUGGCUCGUAUCGGUGGAUUGUCGGUAAAACUGACACAAGUCAAAGGAUCACUAAUUUUUAGAUUCAACUUGGCGUUUGCUCCCUCACGUAUUUGCAAUUACUACAUGUAGUUAUUAUUAUCCGAUCCAGUUGCAUCUUUACUUUCCAACCGGG